AUGUCGUCGUCAUCAUCCUCUGAUAACAAGAUCUCUGAAUCUGGACCCACGGACUCCAAAUCAUCCUCUUCAGGCUCGGCGGCCCCAAGCCAGGGCGGUCCUUUCAAAUCCAACUACCAGAUAAUCAAGGAGGGGUGGGGCGACCGACCGACUUUCCAAGCUUCUUACGGUUUGCCGAUGGAUCCUGACGGGAUUGAGGAAGGAAACAAGAUUCUGGACGGCUUUAGAGAAGCUGACUCAAAGAAAGAGUGA